UACAAACAAAAACCCCUCUUCUCCCUUUGUCUGGAAAUUUCAGUCUGGUCUCUUAUCUUCUUCCCAUUUUUCUUCUUGUGAAACAUCAUCUUAAGAAGAAAUAGCCGUUUAUUAAUGGCGAUUCCUCUCGCAAUGUGCUCAAGCUUCUUGAUAUGCGGUGACACGACUUCGUCCUCUCUUCGCGUUUCCGUCGCCACUCCGCCGCUUACGCCUUGUCGCUUUCCCCUGCUGUCGUCAACUCGUCGUUCUUCAUCCAUUGCUGCAGCGGCUAAGCCUGCAACGACGAAGGCGAAGCGAGAGCCUACAGGCAUCAUGAAGCCUCGACGAGUUUCCCCAGAAAUGCAAGCUUUCCUUGGCGGCGUCCCUGAAAUCGCUCGAACUGAAACCCUCAAAAAGAUUUGGGAUUACAUCAAACAGCAAAACCUUCAGGAUCCUGAGAACAAGAAGAUCAUAAUCUGUGAUGAUAACCUUAAGAAGAUAUUCAAUGAUAAAGAUCGAGUUGGGUUCCUUGAGAUUGCAAAGCUCAUCACUCCCCACUUUCUUAAGUAACUCAAAUCCACUCUUUUGUAGUUGUAGUAGUAGUAGAUUUGGUCAAUUUACAUGUGUUAUCUAGGUUUUGUAUUAGGGAUUUGCUGCAUACUAUGUAACAAGUAGGGGACCAAGCUUAAAUCGAAUUGGAUGUUACUUGACAUGGAUUGGUAUUGGAUGUUACUUGACAUGGAUUUGGUUUAUUUGGAUA